UUCAUUUUUUCUUUUCUUCUUCUUCUUCUCUUCCCUUCACCGCCAAGCAUUUUGAAGACAAAUUCUCAUCCAACUUCCAUUCUUUUCCUUCUUCAAUUUGCAGAGAACAUUUAAGAGAGAUUUUGGAAGAAGAAGAGGAAUUUUACUAGAAUUUUCAGGUUGAAGAAGAGGAGGAGAACUCAAGCAUAGUGUAUCCAUGGCUGAAUUUUAGUUCAUUCUGCACAUCACUAGUUUUUAAUUCGGUUUGAACUCUUCAAAAGGAAUUAAGAAGUGAGGUUUACAUUUACAAAAAUUUAACUCAUUUUCAAACAAACUUCAUGAAGAAAGUUGGAGCAAAUUCGGAUAUUCAUUGGGUGCUUUUUGAUGAAGAAAACAGGGCAGUUGGUUUUCACUCGAAAUCAGGAGGUUUCUGGUAUUUCUUGUAUUUCAGAGUGUACCGAUGGACUUAGAAUCUCUAUUUGGUAUGGUUGGACAGCUUAUUCAAUGUACUAAAACUUGCAUGAAGAAAUCGAGAACCAAAAACGACUAAAAAUCAGUUAAAUUAUAGGGACAAGUUAAAGCGGUCGUGUGCGCGCGAUUCUUGAAGUGGUUCUGUUUCGAGGGUUAUCUGAGUUUAUGCACGGGGAAUCAGAUUUACAUGUCUUCAGGCCGAGAAGAAUUAAACCGAGCUUAUAGACCAAGAAUCUAGCCCAAGACGGUGAGUGACAAAACCAACUUUGAAAUAUAAUCCAUAGUUGUUAUUAUGAUUGAAUGCGAUAAAUGUUUACUUACGAAGCUAUGAAAGGUAUUUGAAUUUCAUGACUAUUUUCAAGUAUGCAUUUGGAGACUAGAUUUCUUAAAGAAAUUUAUGCUAGCAUGUAGAUAUUAAAUGUUUGGAAAGUAUUUAAACCACAAUGUUUUAAGCAAAGCAUGAAUUAGUAAGUAGUUUUGUUUCAAGAACUACAGUUUUCCAUGAAAGAGCUGAGUAAAGUUCGAGCUUUGUGUAAAAUUUAUAAGCAGACAUGUUUUAAUAUUUUUAGAUGAUUUAUGAAAUUUUCAUUAACUACAUGACUAAGAUCUUGAGCCUGAGGCUAGAGAUUACCAUGUGCACACUGGUUAGAUUCCAUUGAUGACGUUGAGUGUACUCCGUAACAACGAUGCUGUCGUGAGUGCUGGGCGGGCCCCACUACGACAAAGACGAUAGGAGUGCUGAGCGGGCCCCACUACAUCGUAGAGCUUGUAAACGUUGUUGUACUGGGUGUACCCUACACAACGUAGAUUUGUCAUGUUAGUUAAAAUUCUUUGAUAUACUUGAUAUGCCUUGCUAGAUUUCAAUGAUGAACAUGCUGAGUAUUUAAGGAAGCUAUUCUUACUACUACAUGUUUACAUUUACGACUUGUAUAAACAGAUUUAUAUGUGUAAAGUUUUCACGUGCUCUUAUCUUUAAAUUCAUAUUUUUAAACGGAGUCACUCACUGAGCUUCAUAGCUCACCCUUUCCAAAAUGUUUUACCCAUUUUCUAGGUAGAGAUCGAGUUCCCAGUGGCUCAUAGACUGCCUUAGUCUGCUGAAGCUCCAUUAUCGAUUGCAAGUACGUAUUUUGAGUUGGGCAUAGAGUCUGUUGUGUUAUCAUGUAUAUACACCCUUUUAUGUUAUAGAUACUCCACAGUUUGUAUAAGCUUUAGGAGCUGUAGUUGUGUAAAUUUUUGUUGGUUAUAUUUUGAUUAAGGUGUCUUUAGGUUUACCCGUGAAAUCAGUAAAUUUUGAGGUACACUUCAUGCAUGUGUUUGACUAGCCUAGGAUUUGCUGUGUUUUGUUGCAUGUAUAAUAGUUUAUAUACUAGAUUGGCAAGUUCAUCAUAUGAAAGUUUUAAGCAGAGUCGACAGAUACAGGUACAGAAAAGCGUUGUUCGUCGGCUUCAUGCCAUCUUUCGGUCUAAGGUAGCAGGUAGUUCGAGAGGGGGUGUGACAACUUGGUAUCAGAGCAGUUUGCUCCAUGGGAAUUAAGGUAGAGCGGUUAGCUCUAAGAAGAAACUGGAAAGUAAAUAAUUGAAAGUCAAGUUAGCUUAAAGGGAAGUAGUGGAGUAUGGUCUAGGUAAGGGUAGAAGUGAGUCCAAUUAUUAUUAAUAUGUGAAUAGACAUUUAGUAUCAUGCAUUUGAGUUAAGUAUUUAUAGUAUGUCUAAUGUGUUGGCAUAUUAUAGGAGUCAUGCCACCACGUACUUACAGACGACGCCGGUAGAAUCAGGACGGGAUGUAAGGUCCUACCCAAGGACCAUCUGUAGGGGAAUCUAGUACCCUAAGAGUUCGAGGUGGGGCGGGAAAUGAGCAGUUUGCGAGAACUACACAGGAAAUAGGAAAACCAGAUAGUGUAGAGCCUAGUGAUCCAGAAGAGGCAUACGGAAUUAAACGACUGAAGAAGUUAGGGGCUACAGUGUUUGAGGGUUCCACAGAUCCAGCUGAUGCAGAGAACUGGUUGAAUAUGCUUGAAAAGUGUUUUGAUGUGAUGAAUUGUCCUGAGGAGGGAAAGGUUAGAUUGGCAACAUUUUUGUUGCAAAAAGAGGCUGGAAGAUGGUGGAAAUCUAUAUUAGCAAGGCGCAGUGAUGCACAUGCUUUAGACUGGCAGACUUUUAGAAGCAUAUUCGAAGAUAAGUAUUAUCCCGGCACAUACUGCGAAGCCAAGAGGCAUGAAUUUCUGAGGUUGAAACAAGGAUCACUUUUAGUGGCUGAAUAUGAGAGGAAGUAUACCGAGCUUUCACGGUAUGCUGACGUUAUUGUAGCUUCUGAGAGUGACAGGUGCCAAAGGUUUGAAAGAGGGUUGCCUUUUGAAAUACGUACCCCAGUUACAGCCAUUGCUAAGUGGACGAAUUUCUCUCAAGUAGUGGAGACCGCCCUUCGUAUGGAGCAGAGUAUAACAGAAGAGAAACCAACAGUGGAGCUUAGUCGUGGGACUUCAACAGCUAGUGGAUUUAGAGGCCGUGAGCAGCGGAGGUUCACGCCUGGGAUAAAUAUUUCAAGCCGUCAAGAUUUUAAGAAUCGCUCUGGAUGCCAAGCAUCGAGGAACGUGAGUUAUGGUAGUGUUUUUCAGAGACAGAGCCAGAGAAUACCUAGUGAACCCAUUAAAUCAACAGUAAGAUCGCAACAAGGUCAGGAGUCCGUUGUUAGUACCGUCAGGCAAACACCAUGCACGAGUUGUGGCAGAACCAUCGGGGUCAGUGUUUGGUAGGUGCUGGUGUAUGUUACCAGUGCGGACAACCAGGAAAUUUCAAGAAAGAUUGUCCGCAGUUGAACAUGACAGUUCAGAGAGAUCAGGGAGUUGGAUUCCAGACAGUUGAGCAAUCGAGAGUUUCAGUGGUUCCAACAGAGGGCACCGGUGGUGCAAGGCAAAAGGGAGUUGUUGGAAGACCUAGGCAACAAGGAAAAGUCUAUGCUAUGACUCAACAAGAAGCGGAGGACGCACCAGACGUUAUUACUGGUACGAUUCUUAUUUGUAAUGUACCUGCAGAUGUUCUAUUUGAUCCAGGUGCUACGCAUUCCUUUGUUACCAGUAUAUUUCUGACUAAGCUGGAUAGGAUGUUAGAGCCUUUAUCUGAGGGGUUAGCUAUAUACACUCCAGUUGGUGACGUUUUACUUGUUAAUGAGGUGUUACGUAAUUGUGAAGUUUUAGUAGAAGGUAUCAAUCUGCUAGUGGACUUGCUACCACUAAAGUUGCAGAGGUUAGAUGUAAUUUUGGGAAUGGAUUUCUUAUUUGCUCACUAUGCAUCUAUGGAUUGCCAUAAGAAGGAAGUCGUUUUCAGAAAAUCAGGCUUUGCUGAAGUGGUUUUUAGAGGUAUGAGGAAGGUCGUUUCUAGAAGUUUAAUCUCAGUUUUGAAAGCUGAGAAAUUGUUGAGGAAGGGUUGCACAGCAUUUCUUGCACACAUCGUAGUAGUGCAGAGAGAAAAGCUAAAGCCAGAAGAUGUUCGUGUGGUGAAAGAGUUUCUUGAUGUAUUUCAGAUGAUCUGUCAGGUUUGCCACCUGAUAGAGAGAUUGAGUUCACCAUUGAAUUAUUACCAGGAACAGCACCUAUUUCACAGGCACCGUAUAGAAUGGCUCCAAGCGAGCUAAAAGAAUUGAAGAUGCAGUUACAAGAACUAGUUGACAAGGGAUACAUCAGGCCUAGUGUUUCGUCGUGGGGAGCACCAGUGCUAUUUGUGAAAAAGAAAGAUGGUACCCUCAGAUUAUGUAUUGACUAUAGACAAUUAAACAAGGUUACAAUACGUAACAAGUAUCCUUUACCACGCAUCGAUGACUUAUUUGAUCAACUAAGGGGAGCAGUGUUGUUAAGAUUGACUUAAGGUCAGGAUACCACCAGUUGAAGGUUACAGAAUCAGAUAUUGCUAAGACAGCAUUUAGAACGAGGUAUGGGCAUUAUGAGUUUCGAGUUAUACCAUUCGGUUUAAAGAAUGCGCCAGCGGUUUUCAUGGAUCUCAUGAACAGGAUCUUCCAUCAGUAUUUAGAUCAGUUUGUGAUUGUGUUCAUUGAUGAUAUAUUAGUUUACUCGGUUGACAGAGAAUCACAUGAGGAACAUCUGAGUAUUGUUCUACAGACUCUACGUGAUAAAUAGUUAUAUGCUAAGUUCAGCAAAUGUGAGUUCUAGUUGGAACAAGUAGUAUUUUUAGGGCAUGUAGUUUCAGCAAAAGGAGUUAGUGUCGAUCCAUAAAAAGUAGAAGCAGUUGUCAAUUGGGAAAGACCAACUAGUGCGACAGAAGUACGUAGUUUCCUGGGUUUGGCAGGAUACAAUAGGCAUUUUAUUGAGGAUUUCUCACGAUUGGCAUUGCCUUUGACUGCUUUGACAAGGAAGAAUGCUAAGUUUGAGUGGUCAGAUAAAUGCGAGCAAAGUUUUCAGGAAUUGAAGAAAAGACUAGGUACAGUACCUAUUUUGGCACUUCUUAUAAUAGGGAAGGACUAUGUGAUUAUUGUGAUGCUUCAAGGCUAGGAUUAGGUUGUGUGCUUAUGCAAG